GGAAGAACGAAGACAAGCUGAGAAGGAAAGCCUCACAACCGCAGGGGCUGCAAACCGGGCUGACGUAGGGUAGGUAAUAGCAACGGGACAGCCAUGGGUUUCUCUUUCACGUGGAUCGCUUGGGCUAUCCUUCUCGUCCUGCCACACGCAGUUCGUUCUCAGAAUUGUACAGCAAACGGGCUCCAAUUCCAACUUCUGUCAAGUCAGGACAUUAACCCUUUGGAUGGAGACGCAGGCUCAAUCCAGCCUUUGUACAACAUGGUGCAGAGGUUCCUGGGCGCUGUGAGACCAAACUCUUUCCAACCAGGUAUUAUUGCAAAUGUUGUGACGGAUCCUCAAUACAUUCAAAAGGAGUAUGGGCAGGUGUUGAAAUAUUUGGCUGGCUACCUGGUGUGUUUCAUCAUCGCUGUGCUCUAUUUUGUCCUCAUGCCUCUGGUGGGGCUGUUUUUCUGCUGCUGUCGAUUAUGCGAUAACUGCGGGGGUCACGUGAAAAAACGCACCAAAACCACAGCCUGCGAGCGAAAUACCCUCGCCACCUUCCUGCUGCUCACCACCCUCAUCAUCCUAGCAGGAGUUGCCUGUGCUUUCACUGUCAAUCAGAAGCUGACGGAUAGAAUAGACGUUUACGUGGCUGAGGUUCUGGCUAUAGCAACAGGUUUAAGGACUUACUUCAAUGGGAUUGGCCAGAAUGUAGAUGCAAUCAAUCAACAGUUUUCAAUUCCAAAGAAUGUGGUGUUGAACGAUCUUGACAGUAUCAGCGGGGCCUUUGGGAACCAGCUACUGCAGGCAUUGCAAGAGCCCAUUAACACUUCACUGGGUUUGGUGUCUGCCAGAGCACAAGAUAUCUCAAACUCCAAACAGCAUCUACUGGUUGUGAACGCCACAAAAGCCUCCCUGCAGGAGAGAGAGCACAAGAUAUCAGCUGAGCUGAACAGCUUGCAGUUUGAUAUUACACAAACGCUCAGCAGUACAAGUUGCAUCGGCUGUGAUGCAAAGCUGAUUAACAAUCUGCAGCUGAAUGGUACCUACAGCCCGAUAUUGGACCUAUCGCCUGUGAUAAACAAAGUCCUGAAGUUGUCUCAACAGAAUCUGAGCAGUGCUGUUGAGAAGGAGAAGCGCAAACUCAAUGACAUACCCAAGGACGUGGAGUCACAGAUGGCUGCCAUUGUGUCAGAUUCUAAAGCAUCUGUGAACAACAUCGAGGGAAACAUUUCCUCCAUCAAGGAGUCCUUUCCUCUGUUGGACUCUCUCCCAGCUGUCAAUGAAAGCCUUGGGUCUUUAGACAGCGACAUCCCGAAAUAUGGUGGGGAAUUGAAGCGGUAUAAUUACUACAGAUGGAUUGUCAGUAUCGUGCUGUGUUCCAUCAUUCUCUUGAUCAUCGCUUGCAACGUGCUGGGGCUGCUGCUGGGGACUAUUGGUAUCGCUCUCGGGGACGAUCCCUAUAGCGCCAACGGGUGUUCCCAAUCCGGAGCCAAUUUCCUCAUGGCAGGUGUUGGAUUCAGCUUCUUGUUCUCCUGGCUCCUCAUUCUCCUGGUGUUUAUCACCUUUAUAGUGGGAGGUCUUGCCUACACAGAAAUAUGCAAGCCAUGGGCAAACGGGGACAUUUACAAGUUGAUUGACACGAUUGGAAGCCAGGACGAUCGCCUCAACCUCUCCAACGUGCUCAAGCUUAACCAGUCCUUCUCAUUCACUGAGGUUUACAGUGGCUGUAAGCGUGGGGAUUCGCUGUGGACUAUCCUCCAGCUGGAUCGCACGUUUGACUUGGAUGAGAAGCUCAAUGUGAAUAAGUACACAGACGAUCUUGUGAAAAACCUGAGAAGACUGAAUGUGGACCUCAACAGCAUCACCUUGCUGAACAGCGGUGGAAGGAACGUGCUGCAGGAGUUUGUUGCUAGUGGCAUUAAAAACAUUGACUAUCAGGCAUUCUCUGAGCAGAUAUCGAAUGCCAUGGUCAACGUCAACCUGUCACUGGUGAUUCAAUACCUGUCAACUCUCAGUCUCACCCAGACCGACACUGAAGUUAAAAGCAAUCUAACUGCCCAGAUUGAGAGGCUACGAAACUUAGAGACCACCCUGCAGGAACAGAGGAAGGAUGUUGUGAAUCUGACAGAAAGCCUUGACAUCCUGAAAGGAAUUGGUUCCACUCUGGAGGCCUCAGUGAAUGCGACAUUGAAGAGUGUUGACAAAGCAGCGAAGAUGCUGGAAACUAUUCCAAAGCCAUUACUAAAAAACGCAACUGAGUGUUUCAUCGCUAAAGAGCUCGGAUACUUCGAGGGAUAUCUGAAAUGGGUCAGAAAAGCGAUAACUGAAGAUAUACUGUCCUGCAAUGUGGUGUCUGUUACUCUUGACAACUCUCAAGUUAUCGUUUGCGACUUCCUCAUCAAUCCUUGGAACGCCUUCUGGUUUUGCCUGGCCUGGUGCACACUCUUCCUCAUCCCCAGCAUCAUCUUCGCAGUGAAGACAGCCAAACACUUCCGGCCCAUCAAAGGCAUGUUCAGUCAGGACUCCUCAGAGAUGACCACCUUUAAACUGCCUCGUGCCCAGAUCAACGGACCUUAGCAGUCUGCAGGUAUAAGCUGCGUGCUGCAAGGGUCCCUGAUCCCAAGUGAUGUGCGUUUCCUGUAAAGAGAAAAAUGACGUCUGCUAAACCAAGUUAUCUGAUGUGGCUCCCAAGUCACCAUCUCCCCACAACAUCAAUCACUGAAGCAGGAGCAUCCUCUCUAUCAACCAGCUGAUGGCCAAAGAUCAGACCAAAUACUUACAUCUGGAUUACCCUCUCAUUUAUACAUGCUGGUGCUGGAUAUAUUUGCUCUAUUACACACAGGGUACUGUUGCUGUUUGUAGUCUCUCUCUUACACACAGGUUGUUGGUGCUGUAUAUAGUCUCUUCUCUUAUACACAGGGUAUUGAUGUUGUGUAUAUUCUCUCUCUUAUACACAGGUCUUGGUGCUGUGUUUAGCCUCCAUAAGCUGAGAUGUAAAGUGAUUAAAUAUCAGGACAUGUGUGUCUGACAAUAAGAUGUGCUUGCAAUAGUGGAUUUAAUGGUAUUAAGGUCAGGCCUGUUCUCUUCCCUACAACAUUCUGGAUCUCUGGAUGUCUUCCCGUCACUGAAACAAAUUCCUGUCACUGAGGAGACUUAGAGAAAGAUUUGCAAUGGAGCCUGGUUGUGCAGUCAGGGUUCUCUGCUACAUCCUGUUCUCAACAUCGCACUUACUGUAUUUGACUUUUGUUUAAAAUUAUUUACAAAUCAACAAGUGCAAUAAAGUACAAAAUAUUUUCUCUUUUAAUGGUUAUCGUUUUCC